AACCACGGAUAAAAAUAUGCCGGCUCUUUGGCAAAGACGAGACGAAAGACAACACGAACCGGCACAUGCUGUUUUCUCUUUUAGCCUUUCAUACACGUGCGAGCCAGGUUUGACAGGCCAUGGAGGUAACGGGAGUUGGGGAUCAAAGUUAUUAUGGAGGAAAUAGUGGUGGGGGGUUGGAAGAGUUAUCGCCAGCGGAAUUGGAGUCGCACUUGGCGGAGGGCAUGUUUCGACGAGUGAACAACCACAGAGAACAUUUGGUCCUUCAACCAUUCUGGCUCACAAGGCCAAAACAAGGUGUAAUUGAAGAGAUUAGGAAAAUGUUGGGGAAAUGGAAUGCUAGACUGGAAGCAUAUGUCGUGGGAUUUGAGAACCCUGUUUGCGAGUCGACCACGGGAGCCAUAAACGAAGAUCACCGAUGGAUUCAUGUCGAUAUCGUGGUUACUUUCUAUUUGUACCAACCAGUACAAGGUCAACACCUAAGAGGCAUCGUCAAGAAAAAAGGUCAUCAGGCGGCGAUAUGUAUCCUUUUUAAUGUUUUUAGCGCAACAGUUUACCCCCUUGACCAAGUUGAGUUGGAUAGCUGGUCUCUUGGGGAUGAAAUACAUUUUACAAUACAGUCAUUUCAAAAUAGAAGAAAAGGACCGGUUAUCAAAGCCACGAGCUCAAAUGAUGGCACAACCUCAAAGAAGAAAAAGAUGCCAGAUGUUGAAGAAUCGUGGGAGUAAUAGGUUUACUUCAUUUCAUUUCUGUUUCAUACGUAUUUCUCAGAUCAUGUGAGUAUUUUUAUUUUGAUAACCAAGAAUUGAUUGUAUAGUUCUUAUACGUGCCGUCAUUAUAUUUAUGUUUAAUAUAUUUAAUGCAAUAAAUUAGUCUCGCACUGGGCUCAUCCAUUCUUGGCCAAAUCCGAACGCCGAGUCAGAGUCCGAAUCUGAUUUUGAUUCUUUGAUAAUGUCGGAAUCAAUCGCACGCUUCUGUCUUCGCUUAGAAGGUUUGUGUCGUAGUAAUAAUCCUGAUGGUGGAGGUGGGGGCAUCAUUUGCUUAUCCUUGUCUCUUUCCUAAUAAUAAUUUAAGUGAAUAUUAAUUAUUGUGUGCUUUAAUGUGAGUAUCUCUUCAUGUAAUGUGAGAGUAAGACUUGUAAAUUUACCUCCGUUUCUGGGUCCGAACCCCAGGUUUUUUGUACUCUAUCCAUGCUACUGGACGAGGUAGAUUUGCCCAAAAAAUAUCCAAAAGCAUCCCGAGUCUAUAAAUGUAAGAAGAAUUAUUAAGUAUGCUAAUAAAAUAGUUGAUUUUGUUGCGUUGU